AUGGCAGCCUUCCUGGGGGGGCCGGGCGAGGGCCCCCCCUGCGGCGCCGGCCUGGGGUGGGCAAGCGAAGGGCUGGGGGCCGGCGGCAAGAACCGGCGCGUGUGCCACGCCGCGGCGCGGCUGGAGAUGGGCAGCCUUUGGGAAGAGUUCAACCGCCUGGGCACCGAGAUGAUCGUCACCAAGGCGGGCAGGAGGAUGUUCCCCACCUUCCAGGUGAAGCUGUCGGGGCUGGACCCGUUGGCCGACUACGUCCUGCUCAUGGACUUUGUCCCGCUGGAUGACUGCAGGUACGCCUUCCACAGCUCCUCCUGGCUGGCGGCGGGACGUGCCGACCCCGCAGCCCCCGGCCGCGUCCACUUCCACCCCGACUCGCCGGCCAAGGGCGCCCAAUGGAUGCGGCAGAUCGUCUCCUUCGACAAGCUCAAGUUGACCAACAACCUCCUGGACGACAACGGCCACAUCAUCCUCAACUCCAUGCACCGCUACCAGCCCCGCUUCCACGUCGUCUUCGUGGACCCGCGGCGGGACAGCGAGCGCUUCGCCCACCAGAACUUCAAGUCCUUCAGCUUCCCCGAGACCCAGUUCAUGGCGGUGACGGCUUACCAGAACCACCGGAUCACCCAGCUGAAGAUCGCCAGCAACCCCUUCGCCAAGGGAUUUCGGGACGGCGAGCCCGAGCCGUGCUUCCCCGAGCUGCCCGCGCCCCCCUUCCAGCCCCUCGCCUGCCCCCCCGGCAUCUACGUGGGGGCCAAGCCCCGUGCCCUGCCCUACCCCCUGCCCACCUUCCCCCCCCUCAGCGCCUACGGCACCGCCGCGGGCACCGCUUUCAGCUACGGGCAGCAGUAA